UUGGCCUCUGUGCUGAUCAAAUAAAUUACAGAGCUUUUUAAGAUCUGCCAGAAAGCCACCUAGCAUUCUAUAAGCUGCUGCUGCUGUUUAACUGAGAGCUGAAGGGUAAUUUCCAAUCUCCGCUUCAGAGGAACUCUACGACAAUGAAGAGUCAUCACAAGAUCAGUGAACUGUUGUUGGCUUAGUUUCUUGUAACUGUUACCUGCAAAUGAUGUAUUUAUUCUGCUUGUAGAAGAUAAUGAAGCUGGGAAGGAUUUAAAAGACUACAGCGUGUCGGGGGUUGCCUGAUGCUGGCUGCAGCUGUAUUCAUGUGAAUUAGCUUACUUUCUAAGGGAAACCCUGGAGUGAGCGUCUGCCAGGAGACUAAUAAUCCGCUGAGCUCUUUGGAGAGGACUACAAUUAUUAAAGCAGGGAAAAGGUUGCUGGCUUCACAGGCAUUACCUCUGAAGAGGGGACAAAAGAGAUAAAAAGGGACAAUCCUUACAAGCUAACUUACCAAAGAAUGAUCUUUAACCUAAAAGCACCUCCAGCCCUGUGAACAUGGAAAAUCAUACCUCCGCUGCACUAAAUGACACAGCCCUCCAGGACAGAGAAUGGAUUGGUCUGGAAUAUCAAGUUGCCACUAUAUUCCUGGUGAUUGUCAUCUGUGGACUUGGUAUAGUUGGAAACAUUAUGGUGGUUCUGGUGGUUCUAAGGACUAAACAUAUGAGAACCCCAACUAAUUGUUAUCUUGUUAGCCUUGCUAUAGCCGAUCUCAUGGUCCUGGUGGCAGCAGGGCUUCCCAACAUAUCUGACAGUCUCUAUGGCUCAUGGGUAUAUGGAUACAUGGGAUGCCUGUGCAUUACUUACCUUCAGUAUUUGGGAAUUAAUGCAUCAUCUUGUUCCAUAACUGCAUUUACAAUUGAGAGGUAUUUGGCAAUCUGUCACCCAAUCAAAGCCCAGUUUCUGUGCACUAUCUCCAGAGCAAAGAAAAUCACUGUGUUCGUCUGGGUCUUCACAUCCCUCUAUUGCAUGAUGUGGUUUUUCUUACUUGACCUCAACAUCACAGUCUACAAAGAUGGCCCUGUUGUCUACUGCGGCUAUAAGGUCGAUCGGAGUUACUACUCUCCAAUCUACUUAAUAGACUUUGCUGUAUUCUAUGCUGUGCCAAUGACAUUAGCAACUGUCCUGUAUGGACUUAUUGCAAGAAUUCUAUUUUUGAACCCUAUACCGUCAGACCCCAAAGACAACCUGAAAACUGGGAGAGGUGAAUCAACAAAUCAGAAUAAGACAUACAACUCCAAAAUGUCUACUAGGUGUUCUAAUAAUACCAUAUCCUCCCGGAGACAGGUGACAAAAAUGUUGGCUGUCGUCGUGAUUCUGUUCGCCUUCCUCUGGAUGCCAUACAGGACCCUAGUGGUUGUGAACUCUUUCCUGUCCAACCCAUACCUUGAAAACUGGUUUGUAUUGUUCUGCAGAAUCUGCAUUUACCUAAACAGUGCCAUCAACCCUGUCAUCUAUAAUCUCAUGUCACAGAAGUUCCGAGCCGCCUUCAGGAAACUUUGCAAGUGCAACAAAAAGCGUUCGGAGAAGCCUACAAAUUAUGGAGUGGCACUUAAUUACAGCGUUAUCAAGGAGUCAAGCAAUGGAGGAAGCCCUGAUCAUUUCAGCACUGAGUUGGAUGACAUCACCGUGACUGAUACUUACCUAUCCGGUACAAAGAUGUCCUUUGAUGACACCUGCCUACCCGCUGAUGUCACAUACAGCAGGUCAUAGCCGGUAGCCAACAAGUCAAAGCCAGAUAUUGAUUAUUACAAGGGAAAUUUUAAUCUUGUCAUGUUAUUUCACUGGACAGAAAGAUUUUUCUUGUUUGUUAGAAGAUUCAAAAAUCUAUAUUUUUUCAGUAUAUUGGGAGGAACGUAAAAAGGGUAGACGGCCUACAAAACCUUCACAUGUAUCUCAAGUGAAACCGCUUUUGAAUCGAGGAAGGUCUAGAUCCCCUAUUAAGUAUUUAUUGAUCUAUGUUUCUUCAUCAGUGAGAUCUCCCUGCCCCCAGAAAUACAACAGGAAGUGAGAGUAUAAUAAUAUAAAGAAAGGGUUUUGCGCAAAAACUAAAUGGUACAGUAUCAAAUAAAAAGAGACGGUGAUGGGUGAUAAUCAAUCAAUAAUCAUAAACAUGUUGAUCAAUAAAG